AAGGGAUAAGGCGGCCUCAGCGCGGAGCAAAGCAGCGCUGGGGGGCGGGAGCCCCAGAGCCGCAGCGUAGCGAGCGGUGCUGCUCUUCGUCCCCCGCGUAGGCUGAUGGACCGUCCCUUGCGUUUCUGUCGGCGCUGCCCGGUGCUGUGCCGCGCCAGUGCAGCGUGGCUUCCGCGGUGUGUGUCGUCUUCCGUGCUGGCUGCUGUGGGCCGCCGAGGAUAAGGCAUCUCAGCUUUGCACUUUCUGUGGUUCGGCAGUGGCGAAGUGCUUUCUCUGAGUCAGAAGAAAAGAACCGUUACUUAAUUCCAGGGAGCUCUUUACUGUUUUUUCCUCGAAGUGGUUUUCAACCUGGGUAGAACUGAUGCGAAGGCCUCAGAGGAACAUGAGCCAUGAAGCUGUGUGGUUUAUUGACAGAACUUGGCUUUGUAGUAAAGGGCAAGUGUUCACCUAUAAUAAAGGUGUUUAUUUUCUUCCUACAGGUUGAAGAACAGUAGUUGAAGCUUUGCUGCAAAGCAGAUCAUUCUCUGAAUCAAAGGCAGAGUCAGUGCAGCUGUGACAACCCCAUGGUUUACUUCAUCUACAGCUGAAGACAUCGCUAGUUGUGUUUUUUCUUAGUUUGCUGUGCUGCACAGGAGAGUUUUUCAUGGAUCUCAACAGUGCUAGCAGUAUUGUUUUGCAAGUCUUGACCCAAGCUACUAGUCAAGAUACUACAGUGUUGAAGCCAGCCGAGGAGCAACUGAAGCAGUGGGAGACACAGCCAGGCUUUUAUUCAGUCUUACUGAAUAUCUUUACAAAUCAUACCCUGGAUGUGAAUGUAAGAUGGCUAGCUGUGCUGUACUUUAAAAAUGGAAUUGAUCGCUACUGGAGACGGGUUGCCCCACAUGCUCUUUCUGAAGAGGAAAAAGCUACAUUGCGUGCUGGACUUAUCGCCAACUUUAAUGAGCCAGUGAAUCAGAUAGCAACUCAGAUAUCUGUACUGAUUGCUAAAGUUGCCAGGGUAGACUGCCCAAGGCAAUGGCCAGAACUUAUACCCACUCUUGUAGAAUCUGUGAAGGUCCAGGAUGAUCUUCGACAACACAGAGCACUACUCACCUUCUAUCAUGUUACAAAGACCCUGGCAUCCAAACGGCUUGCUGCAGAUAGGAAACUUUUCUACGAUCUUGCAUCAGGUAUUUAUAGCUUUGCGUGUUCCUUGUGGAAUCAUCAUACCGAUACGUUCCUACAGCAAGUUUGUACAGGGGAUGAAGCUGCAGCUACAAAUGCACUAGAAAGAACCUUGUUGUCGCUGAAAGUGCUUCGUAAACUGACAGUCCAUGGGUUUGUAGAACCUCAUUGGAGUGUAGAAGUGAUGGGUUUUCUACAUGCAGUGUUUGAACGGCUAAAACAGUUUCUGGAGUGUAGUAGAAGUAUAAGAGCAGAAAAUGUAUGCAGAGAUCGUCUAGAAAAGACUAUAAUUCUGUUCACUAAAGUGCUUUUGGACUUCCUGGAUCAACAUCCAUUUUCAUUCACCCCUUUGAUUCAGAGGUCAUUGGAAUUUGCUGUAAGCUAUGUUUUCACAGAGGCUGGUGAAGGAAUUGUAUUUGAGCGGUUUAUUGUACAGUGCAUGAAUCUCAUUAAGAUGAUUGUAAAAAAUUAUGCAUACAAGCCAUCAAAAAAUAUUGAAGAUAGCAGUCCUGAAACUCUUGAAGCACAUAAGAUAAAGACAGAGUUUUUCACAUAUCCAACACUAAUGGAAAUAUGUAGGAGAUUAGUCACUCACUAUUUCUUGCUGACAAAGGAGGAAUUAGCCAUGUGGGAAGAGGACCCAGAAGGCUUCACUGUAGAAGAGACAGGAGGAGAUUCUUGGAAGUACAGUCUCAGACCAUGCACAGAAGUUCUUUUUAUUGAUAUUUUCCAUGAAUAUAAUCAGACUCUUACCCCAGUGCUUUUAGAAAUGGUUCAUAGUCUACAAGCAUCUACCAACAUGGAAGAUACCAGUGCUAUACUGAUCAAAGAUGCUGUGUAUAAUGCGGUUGGACUCGCUGCUUAUGAACUAUUUGAUAGUGUGGAUUUUGAUCAGUGGUUUAAAAAUCAACUAUUAGCAGAACUACAGGUUUCUCAUAACAGAUACAAACCAAUACGCCGACGAGUAAUUUGGUUGAUUGGACAGUGGAUUUCUGUAAAAUUCAAAUCAGACUUGAGACCUGUGUUAUAUGAGGCAAUUCGUAACUUGCUUCAAGAUCAGGACUUAGUGGUCCGUAUUGAGACAGCUACGACACUGAAUUUAACUGUAGAUGACUUUGAGUUCAGAACUGACCAGUUCUUACCGUAUCUGGAAUCCAUGUUUACACUGCUCUUUCAACUACUUCAGGAAGUAACACAAUGUGACACCAAAAUGCAUGUUCUUCACGUUCUGUCUUGUGUGAUUGAAAGAGUCAGUAUGCAGGUACGACCAUAUGUAGGAUGUUUGGUUCAGUAUUUACCACUCCUUUGGAAACAGAGUGAGGAACACAAUAUGCUACGAUGUGCCAUUCUAACUACCCUAAUCCAUCUUGUCCAGGGACUGGGAGCAGACAGCAGAAGUCUCUAUCCUUUUCUGCUUCCAGUAAUUCAACUAAGUACAGAUGUUUCUCAGCCUCCACAUGUCUAUCUUCUGGAAGAUGGUUUAGAGUUGUGGUUAGUCACAUUGGAGAAUAGUCCAUGCCUUACACCUGAGCUCCUGAGCAUAUUUCAGAACAUGUCUGCCCUUCUUGAGCUGAGUUCAGAAAACUUCACAAAUUGCUUUAAGAUCAUCAAUGCUUAUAUUUUCCUAUCAUCAUCUGAAUUUUUACAGAUGUAUGCUGCUGAUUUAUGCCAGUCAUUUUGUGAAGUUUUGAAGGACACAACUACUGAUGGCCAAGUUCAAGUUUUAAAGGUUGUGGAAAAUGUCCUAAAAGUGAACCCUGUUUUAGGUCCUCAAAUGUUUCAACCGCUUCUGCCAUCGAUAGUCAGGGGGAUUAUAGAUGGGGAGAGAUAUCCAGUUGUGAUGUCUACUUAUCUGGGGAUAAUGGGUCGAAUUCUACUACAAAAUGCAAAGUUUUUUUCAUUACUUUUGAAUCAGAUGGCAUGUGAAUUCGGUCAAGAGUUGGACCAAAUUCUUGGUAACGUGAUUGAAAUGUGGGUUGAUCGGAUGGAUAACAUCACUCAACCAGAAAGAAGAAAACUUUCUGCGUUGGCAUUGCUUUCACUUCUGCCAUCAUUGAAUAGUGUUAUCCAUGAUAAAUUUUGUGGUAUCAUCAACAUUUCAGUGGAAGGCCUGCAUGAUGUUAUGAGUGAAGAUCCUGAAACGGAAACAUACAAAGACUGCAUGUUGAUGUCUCAUUUUGAAGAGCUCAAAGUUACAGAAGAUGAGGAACCUCCCACAGAACAAGACAAAAGGAAAAAAAUGCUUGCACUGAAGGACCCUGUACACACUGUGUCAUUGCAGCAGUUCGUCUAUGAGAAGCUAAAGGCACAGCAGGAAUUACUGGGAGAACAAGGUUUUCAGGCACUUAUGGAAACCGUGGAUACAGAAAUAGUUGCACAGCUACAAAAAUUUUUACAAGGCUUCUAAAUAAGCAGAAACAAGAUUUUUAUGUUCACUUUAAAAAAAAAAAAAAAGAAGGAACUCUAGCCUUCCAUCUUGUCUGGAAGAGCCUACUGAAAGCUAAAAAUAACUUGUGCUAAAUAGAAAAUAGGUUUCUGUUGUUGCUAUCAAACUGAUUUUGGUAAUGCUUUAUUUUUUAACAUUGUACUAAGGGUUUUAUCAUUAAAGUAACACUUCCGUGAUUCCUGAUGUGGUAUAUGCUGUCUUAGUACCAUUUUUUUUGUACCAUUACUGGCUUUUUGGUUAACAAAGCUGCAUCAUAAACUGAGAGGUCUGAAGGAACUUAGUAAUGUAUAUUAAUGAGAAGUGUCUAUUAAUCCAGGAGUAUAGGUCAGUAUCAGGAGCUGCUUGUCGUGAUACUGUAUAUCUGUAACUUCAUCCCCUUCCUGUUACCAUUUCUUGACUGUACAAUGCAAGCAUACAAGCAGAAAGAGUUAGGAAAGCAGGAAGACUGUGAGCAGAAAUAUUCCUUCAUGAGAGGCAGGUAACUGCCAUUUUAAUUGUCUCAGAGAAAAAGAAACUUAGAUUGCAAGUCUUAAAUUGUAUUUCAAGAGGUGUUAGAGAAUAUCAGUGUAUAUCUCUACUUGAAGAUGUGGGGUUUAAUUUUUAUUACCAAUUUCUUUAUUUCUAUUAUGAAAAAUGUCUUGCUUUCUUGAGUUCCUUCUAUCUAGCUUUUAGUUGAUAUAACACAGAGAAACUCACCAGAGAUAUAUG